UUUGUUUGGUCCAGACAAAUUGAGAAAGAAACCUCUCUGUCUUACAAUGCAGACCAUGCCCUCAGUGGUAGAGAAGAGCGGACUUUUGCUUCUUCAUAUGCUAGUUAUUUCAGGGAGCAGACUAAGGUUUCCACAGCUGUAGAGGAUUAUGAUUACUCUGAGGAGGCAUAUGAGCAGAACAAACCAUCUUGGAAGAAAGGAAAGGCAGAUGCAUACUCUGCUUCACCUUUGGAGGAUAGGGUGAGGAGAGCUGCUUCCCGCACGAAGUGGAAGAAUGUGCCUGAGGUCGAUGCCAACGAUCUGCACUCAGAUGAUGAUCUGAAUGCCCUUUUGAAGGAAGAGGAGGAUCUAGUGAUGGCUCGUAGGAGACAAGUUGAGGACACGAUAAACAUUAUUAGGGAGGAGAUGAAGUUGUUGGAUGAAGCAGAUCAACCUGGUAACCAGCUAGAUGAGUACGUCUCUAGAUUGAAUGCCAUUCUCUCUCAGAAGGAAGCUGGAAUUGUAAAAUUGCAGGCAUGUUUAGCUCAUUUUCAGAGGCGUUUGACUGAGCACAAUGUUUUGGUUUCAUCUCUUGGCCCGUGAGCUUUAUAUGAGGCCAGCGGUUGAACCUACUGGAAUGCGCAUGGUUGCAUGAUGUGCCAUAUUAAGCAUGACGAACUGGUGCUUUUGAGCACUGAAUUGAGAGCCUGCUGUGUGAGAUCACGAUGGUGAGAAAAUGUGCUGCCUUUUUCUGAUUUAUACAGUUGCAAGUCAAAAGCUGUGGUGGUUGC